CACAGUACAUAGACACCGAUAGUAAAUUUAUAAAAAUCUGUCAUCUAAAUAUUCAAAAUUUGUUAUCAAACAUAAGUUAAAAUGAUUGCAUAAUUCGUGAUUAAUAUUAUAAUUGAUAUUUUCCCAAAUGGAUUCUUAUGUUCUGAGUGUUUAUCUAUUUAUUUAUUUCUUAUGACAAUUUUUUGAAAGGAAUAUAUAUACAAAAUGAUAUUUAAUUUACGUAUAAUUUUUAUAUUUUUAACAACUAAUAUUGUUUGCUUUGCAUAUGAUUGUUUCAUACAAGACGAUAAUUAUAAGUGUAGGUUAGGAACAAAAACACCUUAUAGAUUUAUAGCUUCUCACAACGAUAAACCUAUUGAAUAUCCAGGAUGUGUACCAAAAAAGAUUUGGCUGAUUUUAAGACACGGUACACGGUAUCCUGGAAAGAAAUAUGUACCUCGCAUGGCAAAGGAUUUACUAAAAUUAAAGGAAAUUAUAUUAAAUAAUUAUAAAAUGAAUGAAACUAAUUUAUCUCAUGAUAUUAUAAUUAACUUAGCUAAUUGGAAAAUGAGAUUCACAGAAAACGAUGCAAUGAAUCUUGCAGAGGAAGGAGAAAACGAAAUGAUUGAUCUUGCAGAAAGAUAUCAGUCUAGAUUUCCUACUAUUAUGCCAGAAACAUAUGAUAAUAAAUCUUAUAAGUUCAAAUAUACUGCGACACAAAGAACUGAAGAAAGUGCUAAAUACUUUGCUGCUGGUUUAUUUGGCUGGUUCAAUAGUCAGAAUGUUUGGUAUCCUAAAGCAGAACAUAAAGACCCUAUCUUAAGGUUCUAUAAACUUUGUACUCGCUGGCGUAGUGAAGUUGAUAAAAAUACAUCUGCAAUCAUUGAGAAAGACAAAUUUUUGAGAAGUGAAGUGUUCAUGAAUACAUUGAAAAGUAUUUCAAAAAGAAUUGGCUAUCCAGUUAAUCAUGAAAAUGUACAUUUGAUUUAUACCAUGUGUGGCUUUGAAACUGCAUGGUAUAAGGAUACGGAUUCUUCUUGGUGCAAAUUAUUGUCUUUGGAUGAGUUCAAAGUUAUUGAAUACUUAGAGGAUUUAGAAUAUUAUUGGAUUGAUGGAUAUGGAUACAAGAUCACUUAUGAACAAGCAUGUGUAGUUUUUAAAGAUAUCUUUAAAUUUUUUUCAGAAGAUGAUGGGAUAUUAGCAUCAAUUUAUUUUACACAUUCGGGAACUAUCCUUAAAUUAUUAGCACGAUUAGGAGCAGUAGAAAAUACGGUACCAUUAACGCACGAUUCAUUUUGGUUAAAUGUUGAUAACAGAGCUUGGAAAACUACGUACAUUGAUGCUUUUGCAAGUAAUAUAGCUUUUGUUUUAUAUAAUUGCGAAUCACAAGGACCCAGCAUUCUUUUUAUGCAUCAAGAACGUAUUAAAUAUUUACCAAAUUGUCCUAACAAUAUGCCAUGUCCAUUGUCAAAGAUGAAAGAUUUAUAUUUAAAUCGUGAAGAAGAAUGUUCAUUUGAUGCAAUAUGUAAUUUACCUAAAAACGAUGAAUCAUCAUAAAGUUCAUGAAAGAUUAUCAAAUUUAUCCACUACGACAUCAUACUUCAAAACAUAUCAAAAUUUGAAAGAUAACUUUAUUCUUAUAUACACUUUAAUACAAAUCAUGAAAGUGAAAUUCAGAUAAUAUGAAUAAAAUGAAAUUUGAAUCAA